AUGGUUUGGAACCGGAUGUUGAGCCACAAGGAGAUCGCGGAGGUCGUCUUGAGCAUGGGCUUCGAGUUUCUCGUUGGAGGAGUGCCUCGCCUGCGGAUACUUGGUCGGGCGAAGCAACCACGCGCGGAGCUGCUGGGCACCGCUCCAGCCCCAUCCAGCGAUGCAACAGAAGUUCCUGAGCACAUCCUGGCAACGUGCCUGGAGGACCUGGAAACCGCCGAGGAGAAGAUCUUGAAGUACAAGGCCAUGGCGAUGAACCUCGUCAAGCAACGGGUCAAGUUGCUGGUGGAGCCCUCGUCUGAGAAUGCCUUUGCCACGAUGAUCGCAGAUGCGGAAAUCGGAAAAGUCAGAGGUUCAGAAUCACGCCGUGUGAUCGCCAUCUACGACAACAAACGAUGUGGGGAGGCGAUGAUGGCGCCGCGUCUCAGAGUGCCGCUGUUUAGAAAAGAACACGCGCAGAAGGUCGUCCGGGCAUUCAUUCAGUGCAGGGGGUCCGCCGAGCUCCUUGACGGGGACCUGAUGUUUUUCUUUGAUGCUGGCCGCCAUGGCAAUGACCGGGCGUUCUCGGGGCUGUUUGCCACGGAAGAUAACAAGCGCAUCGCCCACGAGAAGAGGGUCUUCUUCCUCUCCUCCUCUGAGGAGUCCGUGCGAUUGCGUCGGCACGUGGUGGAGAUGCUGCAUGUCUUCAGCCGCUCCACGUUGGACAUGCCUGAGGUGAAGCAUCCGAUCUACCCAGGCAGCAGCUCUGGUGAUUUGAUUGGCCCAAUCAAUCUCGAGCGCUUCCAGGACCGCAGCUGGCAGGUUACUGAGGAGGAGAAGCGCAAGAUGCUCGGGGGCUUCAGGAUCGUGGUGGGUGGGCUCUCAGCAAACGCGUGGGAGAGCACGAAGCGCACGCAGUUCAAGAGGAGUGAGCUGAAGCGGAAACCUGCUGGCACUGCCGACGACAACGUGCUGUACGAGCCCUUCUGCUACCACGGCCUGCCCCCUGCGAGAGUCCCUUAUCUGGGGAUCACCUUCACCGAACAGCACAUGCUACACUGCAAUGUGCAAGGAGUCUUCGCCCCGAUGCCCUGCCAGACCAAGAAGCGCCCCCGCGCCAAAAAGGCUCCUGCGCCACCCAACGGCGAGGACGAUGAGCAUGGCGUGGGCAGUCGCCCCGAGGCCCUCACGCCGCAGGCGGCGCGGGCCUUGUUGAGCGCCCGUGCUUCUUCCGGCGCCUUGGGCCGCCGAG